AUGGCUGCAACAACAUCAUCAAAUCCUAAGCCAAAGAAGGGCCAGAAACCUGCUACGGGGGGUAUAGUCAAGGAUCGCCCCCACAAGGAAAAGAAAGAUGCGAAGACGCUGCUCGAGGAGGCCAAGGCACAGAACAAAGAGAUUCAAGAGCAAGAUCUAGAUGCCAUGGCCACGGACAAGCGUGAGCGCGAUAAGGCCAAGGAAGACAAGCUUGCGGAUAGUCUCUUCGUCCAAGAGAACGACCAACCACAGGAGACGGCUCCAGGAUCGAGCACGGUAAAUGGCACCGAUGUAUCAGACUCUGGGACGCAGCCCAGCGACACAAAUCCACCUCCUGGCUACGUUGCAGCUAGCUUGGACCCGGAUAAGCCCAAGGCUUCCAUUGAAGAGGUUCUGCACGGUCAGGGCCUUGAGAGGAACGUCAUUGCCACUCCCGAGGACGAGAUAGAAGACAAGUGGAGCGAUGCUCGCUUCCGAAAGAAACAUGGGUUGGGCCCAGACGAUCUCAGGGCCAUUGGCACAGUUCGGCGCUUCGGCAAUGGCAAGAUGCUUGUAAUGGCAAACGGCCCCAAGCAUUCUACCACUUAUCGUCUGUAUAAGGUGAAAGGCGAGAUGGCCGGAUUCAAUGUGCCCGGUUUGCCAGAUCUCCUGGAGGAUAGGAUCGGAAUGGAAGAAAUUGAGACAGUUGAGACUGAAAAGAAAGGCAAGAAAGGCAAGCCAAGUUUUAAAUACGGACCGGAACACGCCAGAGGUAUUCAAGGAGUUGCCUGGUAUGUGGUCGAAAGUGCCCUGCGAGAUUUCCCUGAUUACUUUCCAAGGGCAGUGGACCUAGUCAAACCGAAGACGAAGCCUUCCGACUUUCCCGUUACUAAGUACGACGAGGAGGGAGUUCCUGUAGGGAGGAUGAAGAUAGUUAACUCCGUUAUUAAAAUCCGAUGGGAAAUCAAUGGAGAAUCUGUCUCGAGCUGGGAAUCGCGAGAAACCGCCCGUAGGGUAUUUGAGGGGAAGGGAGUAGCCGACGAAAAGAUCUUCACGGCCGCUCAAGUGCAGGAGGGUGACUUUGAGGAGUGGUUGAAGAAUCCACAAUCGCCUGAGAGAUCGGGAACGCCAUGGCGCUCUGGGCUUGAGCCAACACCUGAGAGAGAACUGACCCCUGGCCUUAUGUCAGAUAGGGGUGGCACUCCUGCCUCGUUGGCUCGCAGCUCGAGGGCACGAACUCCUGGUCCAAAGGUCAUGAUCCAGGAGCCUAAUCCGGGAGGCAAGAUAGAUCUGAUGUCAAGGGACGCGUGGAUAAAGGAAUUCCUUGAGAUCAAGGGGAUUACAGACCCCGCAUCGAUGUCACCUCAACAGGACGCAAACAUGAUGCAGUCCUGGAGACUCUAUAGCGCUACGAUGGCUGUCGCAUAA